AUGGAUAACGGUAAGGGGCAGUUCUUGGGGCCAUUGGUGGAUUCACCUGAGAAAUUUGGGUUUCAACGUCGGAGCCAUGGACCCAGACAGAUGCCCAAGUUUCUCAUUGCCCAGCAGCCCCAAUUGAGGACAAAGCCCUUCAAGCAGGACUCAUGGGACAAGAGUAAUCAGCAGAAGAUGUUGCAAUUGGAAGAAUCUAUUGAUGACUUGACAGAUUUAUACGAAAGACUAAGGAAGAUGAGGGAAAUGGAGAGGAAAAUGAUGGAAAACAAAGGUCUUGUAGAUAAAGCAGACCAUGCCAAGGAUCUGAACGAUGCAAUUGUUUUCCAAGGUACAUGUCUAGAUAUGUGCCCCAUUUUUGAGAGAUCGCGACGUAAUGUUGAAUACACGGUUUACAGUUACGAGAAGUUAAGUCCGGACGAUAAAAAGGCGGCUCGAUCAAAGGCCUUGAAAGUGUUUGCAAGACCUGCUGCCGCUGCUGCACCUCCUUUACCUUCAGAUGUUAGACCACCCCAUAUUCUGGUUAAGACAUUGGACUAUAUUGUGGAUAACUUACUUGACACUUUACCCGAGAGUGAAGGUUUUCUGUGGGAUAGAAUGCGGUCAAUCCGUCAAGAUUUCACAUAUCAAAAUUACUGUGGUCCUGAAGCAGUCGAUUGUAACGAAAGAAUUGUACGUAUUCAUCUUUUGAUCUUGCAUGUCAUGGCCAAGUCAAAGGUAAAAUACUCCAUGCAACAAGAGCUGGAACAACUGCAUAAAUCCUUAAUUACCUUAUCAGAAAUAUACGAUGAUGUACGUGCCGCUGGCGGAACGUGUCCAAAUGAAGCUGAAUUUAGAGCAUAUGCCUUACUGAGUAAAAUAAGAGAUCCUCAGUAUGACAAAACUAUCCAAGAUCUACCUGACUACAUAUUCCAAGAUGAUUUGGUACAGUUAGCAAUCUCUUUUAGAACUAUCAUAUCAAACUCCGGAUUUAUUGAAAGAGGUUUCAUUAAAACUGAAAAUUGCUUGAACUAUUAUCAGCGGUUUUUCAAGCUUAUUAAAAGUGACAGCAUUCCUUUUCUGAUGGCUUCUUUUCUAGAGACAUAUUUAGGGGAAGUUAGAUUUUAUGGCAUGAAAGCCUUGUCUCAUUCACUAAACAAAAAGCACAAACCGCUCGAUUUUAAAUAUGUGGAGGAUAUGUUUCUAUUCAAUGAUAGGGAAGAACUACUCUACUUUUGUGAAUAUUAUUCAAUUACGAUUACUGAUGAUGGCGUUGAUCUAAAGACAUUACCUCAUCAUUCACACAAAAUCCCAGAAAAAAAGCCGUUGAAUCAAAGCUAUUUGCAAUGUGUCGAGGAGAAACUACAACUCUCAAGUAAAAUCUCAAUUGUGAAUUCAGGUAAACCGAACUCUGGCGAAUUCUUUGGCAAUGCAAUUCCUCAAUCUAAAGUCAAAAACUUAUCUGUAUUGAAAGCAGCAGUACAGCAACCAACAAAUCCCACAAAGCCUCAGAAUCCUUUCACUUUUGGCAAACCGGAAAAGAGAAAGGAUAACAGUCCACUUCAAGUGAAAACGCCGGCCCUCUUAAAGCCUACAUCAGCAACUCUCAAGAUUGAGAAAAAAGGUAAUCCCCUUGUUUCUCAAACAAUGUCAUCAGAUGUUUCUACGCUACCAACCACAUCUUCAGUAUUCCAGCGCACGGAAUCUAGAAGUCCAUCUAAAGAUAUUGAAUUAUCUAAGAUAGAGCCACACCAAGUUCCGAUGAAAGCAAAUUUUGAAUUCAAUCAAUCAAAAACUACAAAUUCCAAUAAGAAUACGUUGAAUCCGCAGACCACUGCUAAAUUAAAAAACAUACCAAAGGAACCUGAAAAAUCAAACAGUGGUAAGAUAUCUAUUAGUAAAGUUCAAAAAGAGUCGCUUAUUUUGGAUAUCUAUAAUCAAGUGAAAAAUGAGGUCAUACAUAAGAAUGUGUCAAAUAUUGUUGAGGUCUCUCUGAAACAAAGAAGUCACAAAAGCCAGAUUAUUUCAGAUUUCUCUGGUGACCUUUUUCGUGCAUUUAUUCAUGAACAGUUGUACAUGAUUUAUCUUCAAAGCCAUGCUGACAUUUUGUUAGAAAAAUCAAUGGGUAAAAAAUACCUAUUGACAUGGUUAUCAAAAACAAAAAAGAAAAUAAAUAAAAAGAAAGAAAUAAAACAAAGAUCUGAAAGUAUACGAAUCGUUAGCAAACAGUUAGGAAUACCAAACUACUCAAUUGUCCCGAAUGAAGUCAAUUCAUCUUUCGUCAAUAAGACUUCAAAUGUAUCAUUUCAAUCUAAAGGCAGAGACUUCUCACCUUUACAACUCGAAAAAUGUAAUGUUUCUCACUCAAUGGUUAAGCAGAUGAAAUUCUGGCAGCCAAUGGACAUAAAAUCUCUCUACUUUCAAAAAGUACUGAAAAAGAUUCCCCCCAGCCAAAAUAUCAGCAUUCUGGUUAUUUUAGAUAACCAAAAUACAAUACCAAAUAAUUGGGUAUUGGAAAAAUUCUCAAUUAAGGAUUCCAAAAAAUCCACAAUAUCUGUGGAUGAUAAGAAUUUAAAUAUUAUUCCUUAUAGUUUAAAUUCUAAGGAUGAAGAUAUUAAAGAUACCUGUUUAAUUGCUUUCAACACAGGUGUUACUGACUUUGAUAUUUUUGAUUUGGAAAUGAAAUUGAAAUCAGAUGGAGAGGUGCUGGUUAAAAUGAUUAGCGAUAUUGCUGCAAAGGCCAAUAUUAAGUUCACCAUUUUAGUAUUGUAUUGGGAUUCUCAAGAAACACCAUUCUCCGAAGAUUUGAUCUCUCAAUAUUUAAAAUUGAAGCGAAUCACUAAGCAUUUCAGCAGUUUAUUGCAAGACAUAAUAAUUGUGAACAUAGGAGGCAAGGACCCCCAUAAAGCUUUGGAAUAUUCUAUUGAGACAUGUGGGGAUUUGUUUACCUAUAAAUUGACUGGGCGUGGUGAAUACUACCAGAGGUUAAAGGUUGAAAAAAGAGUCGCAUCUUCAGAUGUUGAUACGAUAAAUUCUCAGCGUAUUGAUGCCAAACUAAAAAGAGUCUUGGAACUCGAAGAGAAGAGGUAUCUUCAACAAAUAGAGGAAACUAAGAAGAGAAAACAGAACACAUAUGCACAUUUGGAGUCUCAUAUUCUGGCUUCCCCGAAGAGACUAAAAGCGAAAUUGCCUGUUUUAUCAUCAGCUUCGGGAGAGAGAAAGUACCGUACACCUAUGACUCUCAAGAGACGUAUAGUUUCAACCACACCUGGUGAUUAUCCUUCGACCCCUACUGUUAUACCUCCAUCUAAUCAAGGGAACGCUAAGAGACAGAAGCAGAUUAUUCUUAGUACACCUAUUCAGAAGAAAAGGCCAGCAUCUCUGCAUGUAAUGCCUUCAUCGUCAUCAACAGAUAAAACACCUGUUAUCACAGUCAUUGGAAAUGGGAAUUUAGACGAGAACAUUCACGAUAGUGUCUUGUAUAGAACCCCAAUGAACGGCAGUACCAUCAACUCCAAUGAUCAAAGUGGUAUAGAGACACCAUCCAACUUAUCUAAUCUGGAAGAAUUGAAAAAUCUAAUAUCUUCAGUUAAGAAAAAGUUUAAAUAA